AUGGGAGAAAAAAACGAUUACCAAAAAAGAAAACAUUAUCAUGCAGCUGCAAAAGAUGCAGUAGAUAAGGAAAUCGCUUCAGGUAGAAACAAUCUAACGACAAAAUCCUUUGAACAACACGGAACUUUUGCGUUUGUGAACAAAACUCCUAUUACAAAAACUGAAAUAAGACUUGUACAAACCAAAAUGGAAUUAGUCCAAACUGAAGAAUCUGAAGUUCAACAUAUUAAUGAUAAUGUACCAAUCGCUAAUGAGUUCGAAGAUUCUUCCGAAAUGAUUGAUGUAACACAAACCUCUUACUUUUAUGAUGCAUUUGAAGAAGAGGUCGAUUUUAACCUAUAUAUUAAUUAUGAUGGUUGA